CUCAGGAACUCUUAUCGUUGUCGCUCGUUGUUCUUGAUGAGGGUGGCUUUGUUGGUUUGAUGGAGGCUUGAUUUGACUUUUCCCCGUUACGAUAUUGUGUUUCGCUCAUGUCGUCCCUCCUCUCCUUCUUUGGUUGGGCUGUCCUUCCAAACUACGUCACCUCCAUCGUUCAAAGCGUCUACUAUGGCAUCACUAUCCGCGCCGGCGAUCCCCGCCCCCAGCCCGGCACUCCGCGCUAUGCGCAACACCGUCGUCGCAUUUACAUCCUGGUCGUGACCAGCUACCUCCUCUACACCCUCUACGAGACUUUCCACCGCGUGCAAGUCGCCGGCGACUUCUAUCGUGCCCUGGGUGUCUCGCCCCUUGCCGAUGAACGUUCCAUCAAAUCGCGCUUCCGUCGCCUCGCCGCUCAACAUCACCCGGAUAAGGUUGGCGGCGACGUCUCCGACGGCUACUUUGUGUAUUUGAAGCUGGCGCAGGAUACUCUCCUUGAUCCCGCCAAGCGCGUCGCCUAUGAUAUGUAUGGCCCGGAUAUGCUGAAGUGGGGCAGUCAGAAGACCUUGCAGGAGUUCGUCCUCGCCGGGUUGCAGCGGUCUCUGCCGAAGUAUCUGAUCGGAUUGAUCACGAUUGUGGUGCUCCAGUUUACAUAUUGGUCGGAGUGGGGGCGUUAUUGGCGCUACUUCACCUUUGCUGCGCUUCUUACACUCGAAUCGAUCCUACUCACUCGUCCUGCGGCUUUCGUGGUUCCCGGGGGAUAUAUCCCUCCCGGGUUGCACGGCCUACUGGGACUCUCGUCCAAGGGCGCUGAGUUCUAUCUCUUGCCGUUUCAGAUUCUGACCCUCGCCCAGCGUGCCUCGGUCACCCUGCAUAUCUUCAUCUCGCAGCUCACGCCGCCGGAAAUUAGGAAAGGGUCGUCUGGUCCGGGUGAGCGGCUUCAUCCACAGACCAUCCAGCGGCUGGGACAGUUGGUGCAGCUCUCGCGCGCGACGGACGGCGAGGCGACCCGGCUGAUGCAGUUGGGAUUCGCGCCGUUCAAGGGCGACCGGGAGGGCGUGACCACGCUGCGGAAGGGCAUGAAGGAGGCGCUGGUGCUAGGCAGUGUUCGGGCCAGUGCCGGGGUGCAGCAGGCGGUUGCGGAGGUGAUUCGGCGGAAGAAGCAGGGGAAGACGGAUUGAGUGGUGGACUUGUAGCUAUUUAUUUUUAUACUUUCUUGAUAGCAGUAGAAUACAUACAAAUAUAUAUGUCUUGUAU